UCAGACAGCCGUCGUGCACACCAAAUGCGACCGGUUCGUUACGCAAAUUCAAUACAAUAAAAAAGAAACCGAAACUAGGCGAAAACGAAACCGAACUAUAUUGCGGAGGCAGCGGAGUGACACAACAUUCGUUUGCGGAAGCUUAACUUUGGCCGCUUAGCACACUUAUACAUUGCGUCAUCAGUUGCGCUAGCGUCUUUGUUCCCGUGUGGUAGCUGUGCAAGUCGAUGUUGGCUUUAUCGCGAGCUGCUCGUUAACGGAAGUCGUUGAGUACGUGUAUGAUUGGCUGCUUAUAGCAGCAUCGUGUAUUUGGUGUCUUGUGACAUGCUAUUGCUGCUUCUGGGAGAAAUUUGGAGCGCUCAACGAACGAGACCGGGCACCGCGCUCGUCCACGCUGAAACAAGUUGGAACUUUAUCCAGGGUUACCACUCAUGCUGACUUAGUGGCCACAACAGAAAUUCGUUUUUGGUUCGGAACCAGUCGAGCAUAACCGUGUGUGACUCCCGGCUAACAGAAACUCAAGGUGAUGACUUCACAAUCCAGCCCAGAGGACUUCAUGUCAUUUGUUCAGGAGUGGCUUCCAGCACUCAGCGAGGAGGACUUCACAACCAUUGGUCAGAAACUGGAGGAGUUAGGAGUAAAAUGUGCAGAACACUUCAGAUAUCUACAAGAGUCAGACUUAGACUUCUUAGCCCCUGUGCAAAGGCGCAUCCUACUUGAAAAGUUUCAGACCAUCAGUGCUGCUCCUUUCUCACCUGGGCAGAGUGGCAGUUGUGCUAAGGUGACUUCAGAUGCCAACUCACAGCUAGAUGAAUGGGCUGAGAAAUUUUGCAUCCCUUGGGAAAUGUUUCCGUCAACUUUACUUCAAGCAUGCAAAGCACAAGAAAGGCCUACAAAAGCUGAUCUGAACCAGAUGGUGAGAAUGCUGAGUUCUCUCAUCCUGGAUAAGCAUUCAGCGCCUGGCAGACGGAACCUGAGAAUAAUUGCAUCAAAAGUUGUGUCAAUGUACCCCUCAUCAUUUCAGGAUUUGCUACAGGGUACAGUUGUUGGUACGGGAGUUGAGACAUUGAUGUGGAAGCUCGAAAACUGCAUCAACAACAAGAAGAGACCAAUUGCACAUGUGCUGCCUGCAGAAAUUGUUGAUGACCCAGACUCAUUCCAGCCACGUCCACGAUCUACCCGUGACUCCUAUGGUUGCAUAGCAUGGCAGCCGGAGUUACCGAGUGGAGAAAGUUUGUUGACACAGCGGGAAAAGCAGCAGCAGCUCCUUUCUGAGUAUGCUAAAGUGCAUCCCAACAAGCAGCUUGUCACUCGUUUAAUGAUUGAGACGUAUGCAUCACAAAGACUGACCAUUAAUCAGUCGGGGAGUGUGACAGAGGUAAAAAAAAACUGGCCAUUUUUGUUUACUGAAGACUUCCUUCUUGAGCAUUCCAAGAAGCUACUUGGUACUGAGGUUUGCCAAAGAAUUGAUGCCAGCAUGGAAAGCAUUGGGCUUCGUGUAUAUCGUUAUGCUUAUAGUCAGAUGAAGAGGCCAAAGGUGAAGAAAUGUCUCGAAGAAAUUGAACAAGCCAAGAACCGUCUCAAGAGUGUGACACCAGAACAUGAAGGUGCACCUGUUCUUCUCCUUGCCCUGUUUGACGAGGAUGAAGAGCUCAUCUACAAGACUGUUGAGGAGACCGCCCAUGAUGAUGACUUGGGAGACAUGCCAGUGACGCCCAUAAUAUGUAUGAAAGGACCAGGUCUCUUUGAGGCAGAAAUGUUUACUGUCUGUGUGGAUGGUGUUGCGAUAUUGACUACUCAGCGGGCUGCAGCUUUCAAAGUCAUGUUCCUCUUAUACUUCGUUCUUAACAUAGAGUAUCCACCUGAAGUGGCUUUGACAUUGGAGUUUGUGCAGAGGGCAAUCGCGGGCAUCAACCCGGAAAGAAGCACAAAGGCACGACGAACGUCGAAGAAGCAGUAUUGUUUGUCGCCAAAAGUCGCUGCCUUGGCAAAUGCCCUGGAUCAAUACAAGUUCGAAGCUUGAGUUUGACCUCUAAAUAAACAGUAAAA